AAAGGGGCAGUGACGAUCAAAACUUCAAUCUUCGUAACUGCGAGAGCAAUGUCAUCGUAAACUAAAAAUCGUAAUUUAGUUUACGGAAUUAAAAAAAUGGACCCCAUUGCCUAAUCCCGGCCGUCUCCAACUUUCAGCCAUUAUAUCAAUCAAUAGCCUCGGCAGCACCGGCGGAUAAGAUUGAACGAUCGCGUCAGCCCUCGACGGAGAGAAGAAGGGGAAGACAACGGGUAGUUCGAUCGACCGCCGAUCAGCACAGCCGCCGGGAACCUCGAAAGCCUCUCAUCAGUUCCACACCCGAUGUGUAUAGCCGUCUUCCUAUGGCGGUGUCACCCGCUUUACCAGUUCUUCCUCCUCCACAACAGAGACGAAUACCAUGACCGGCCAGCAGAAGCUCUGGCAUGGUGGGAUAGUGAGGGAGUGCAAAUACUGGGAGGGAGAGAUGUCUUGGCUGGUGGGACUUGGCUUGCCUGUUCGCGGAAUGGGAGACUGGCUUUUAUUACGAAUUUCCGGGAAGUCGAAAAGAUCCCUCAGGCUAAGACCAGAGGAGACCUCCCCGUUCGGUUCUUGCAGAGCAAGCAGAGUCCAUUGGAGUUUGCACGCGAGGUCGUGAAGGAGACGCACCGGUACAAUGGAUUCAACCUGAUAGUAGCUGACUUUAUAUCUGAAUCCAUGGUUUACGUGACCAAUAGACCAAAAGGGAGUUCAGGUUUCAUGUCCAAAGUCUCCCCGGGGCUUCAUGUCCUCUCAAAUGCAAGUCUAGACUCCCCUUGGCCUAAGGCGCAGAGAUUGAGGGACGGUUUCAAAGAACUAUUGGACAGACAUGGACAUAGCGAACUCCCUGCAAAAGAGAUGGCUUGUGGACUGAUGAUGAGCACGAUUAAGGACGAAGAUCAGAGCUUACUCCCCGGUAUCUAUCCUCCUGAAUUUGAAUUCCCGGCAAGUUCAGUAUUCGUGGACUUCGAUAGCCCGCUGGGUCGAUACGGGACAAGGAGCACGUCAGCUGUAUAUGUGAAGUUGAAUCGAGAAGUGAGUUUUUUCGUAAGGAAUCUCGAGAAGGAAGCAUGGAAAGAGGAGGUUGUCACGUUCUCUAUAGAAGCAGAUUGACGUUUUUCCUGAAAUACCGUAUGUUAUGCUGGCUGUAACAUUGAAUAAGGUCCGGAAUCCAGCCGUUGCAACUGCAAUGCUUCAUUCUGAUUUUUCAUUGCAAUUGGGAUCGUUUCGCCUACCAUCUUGGUAGGUCAUUUCAUACUGAUCGUGAAUGUGGUCAUUUGAGCUUCGGGACACUGGAUUUGACGUUGGUUGUUUUGAGGCCCGGAACACCGGACUUGGACUUGAUUUUCCUGGAA